AUGCAUUACCCAGGCAGCGGGUUGCCCGACGAGAGGAGGGCUGCAGCUGAGCAGUCCUUCCGACCCAUCACAGCCUCACCACACACGGCCAAGAGGGCACGCAUUGCGUAUGCUCCCUCGUCAGAUCUCUCAAGGGCAAUCGCAGGGCCAUCGUCACAUUCUUCACCAGGCGGAAGCUCGUCUGCAAAUCUUUGGCGCAAUGAAAUGCCCACCUCAGUACCAGGUGGGGAGCAUCGGCCUUCUGCGCCGUUGUCGACUGCUGAACGAGGUCUGGUGCCAGCGCCCAGAGGCUCGCAUGCUCCUGUGCACGGCGACUAUGGGUCUGAUGUAGCAGAUCAAGGGACGCAGCACACAGCUUCCUCAUCUAGCAGUAGUGUCGUCGCUGCUGAUGAAGUCCUUGCGGAAAAAGGCACUCUCAUGUUUGAGAGAUCAGGCAAGGCAACCUACUAUGGACCAGGCUCACACAGCUUCCUACUCGCUCAGCCUGCAAGCGGAGAUGACGAGCUGUAUUCCAGAGCAGCUUCGCCACAAUCGCAAUACUCUUCAGACGAGGAUGAAGAAAGUCAAGACGGCCAAGGAGGCCUUGCUUACAAUGGAGAUGCCUCUCGCCCUGGUCUGAGGAAGCGUGAUUCCUCAGGACGUCGCACGGUAGCUCUCAUGGAUACCUCACCGACUACGACAGCCACCAAUGGCCCGUACAGCGUGGAAGCCGUCAGACAGACGAUCUUGGACAAUCCAGUCGCCUUCAUGGCCAUCCCUGGUGUCAUGCCGCCCUUCAGGAUUGAGCACCUCGUGCAGCAACUCUGUGCCCAUCUGCCUCCGCUGAUACAGGCGAGACGAGCUUUCCGCGCCUAUCAGCAGAAUUGCAGCUGGAUGUACGACCCCAUCAUGUCUCUGGAUCGACUCUGGGAGGACUUUUACGAACCAAAGACAUUGCAGACUCCUCGCAGAUCGAAUGCACGCGCGAUCUUCCACCCGCACCGCGUCUCUUUAAUCUUCUGCGUCUUGUCCCUCGGAGUCCUGUUUGACGUCAAGCGCGGUGGGGCGACGGCACCGCAGGGCGAGAAGAGGGAUCGACGAGCGGAAAGGUACUACCACUGGGCAUGGGUCGCUCUACAGCUGUCCAAUUCGUCCGACUCGCAUACCGUGGAGCACGUCCAGUCAAUCCACCUCAUCGGCCAGUACCUCUGCAACCGCAAGAAUGGUCGGAAUGCAGACUCCUUCUUCCCACUGAUGGGAACGGCAGUACGGAGUGCUAUAGCGAUGGGCCUUCACAGAGAGGGAGGGGCGUGGAACAUCCUGCCUGAAGAGCUGGAGGAGCGGCGGAGGCUGUUCUGGGAACUCUAUGCCUCGGAUUCCUUCAGAUCUCUCGCAUAUGGGCGCCCAUGUAGUGUACAAGACGCACACUGCGACGCCAUCUUUCCGACUCAAAGACCACAGCGCAAGCUCUCUGACGUCUUUCACACGGUCAAGUACCAAGUCGUACGCCUGAUGAACAGGAUCUUGGAUGCUUGUCAGAGGUCCACGACGCCCUAUACGACAGUCCUCGAAUUUGAUCGAGCUCUGAGGGCUUUGUGGGCGGGACUGCCUGCCGAACUCAAUCCAUUGCCUAUGGGACGCGCCACGGAGGCCACCGACAACCUUGAUCGUAUCUCCAUCUUGGACGACGAAGAUCAAGACAUUGGUAUGACACCAGACUCUGAUAAGCUACACCUCUUCCUGCAGGGUCACACCAUUGUGGCAAACAUCAAUCAAGCCUUGCUGCAUCUACAUCGUCCAUGGUUUGUCCGAGCUCUGCAGCACGAUCAGCAGCCGCCACGCGCAGACCGCUCCAAGGCGAGAGAUGCCUUCGACUCGCGCUUCGCCCGCUCCAUCGUCGCUGUAUCCGAGUCCAGCAGAUCUCUCAUUCAGACGGCCCAAGCGAUCUUGGACUGUACUCCCACUCUGGGCAUGGCUUGGAACUUUUGGUGGCAACACGCCUUCAAUGGAGCCGUCUGCAUGUACUUGCAAGUCGUACACAAUCCUUCAAGCAUGACUACCUUUGGUGCAUGGGACGAUGCCCGACGUGCAUUGAUGAUCUUGCAGCAGGCUAGACCUGACAAGGAGGAUGUAAUCUGGGCCGGUAAGAUCGAUCUUCUCAAGCGCUUACAUGCUCGAGCCGAGGGUCGACUCAAGGGCAGUCACGACGCCCGCAAAGGUCACAGCAGGCAAGAGUCGGAGCACAAUCGCACCUCUACUCCACACGAGAUUCCCCACGAUGAGCAGGAAGAGCAUCUUCGCCUCGUGGGCGUCACUUCUAGUAUUGAUCGGAGAGAUGCCGCUCGACGUUCAAGCGCUGACGACCCGUCGCGCAAUGGAGAGGGUGCAGAACGCACUUCGCCUCUGGAGAGCAAUGCGACAAUGAGUCCGCAGGCGCCCCGUCUCGGUGCAGCGCUCGACACAGAUUCCAACGCUAGCCUAGUCGAGCGGAGUCACUCUGGACAAUCACACUCAAUCCCGCACUCCAGCUCAGACACGAUUUUAUCCCCACACAUGGCCUUUGGGAAUCAGCAAACAACCCCUUCUCAUGCAAGCGACUGGAUCCCCUCUCUAUCCCACUCCCUCAUCGGAUCCCUCUUCGACACGUCCUCCUCGGCACACUCACUGCCAGUGGACAUUGGCAAUGUGCAGGACCCGAGAGGUGAAGGACAGCAGAUGCACAUGGCGCAAAAUCAACCUGGAGGUGGGAGUGGGGGUGGCGGUGUACCGGCGGGGGAUAGUGCGCAAUUUGAUUGGCUUCUGACGGAGCUACUGCAAGGAGGUGCUGAGCCCGAGGCUAGCUUUUGGGAGACGAUGGUGGGUGGGCAGACCUCUGGCUGA